CGGACCUAGUUUUAAUACUCCGUAGUUCGAUUCCAACGAUUCCUUCUGUUCUCCGUUCCGAAGUGCAGCCCCUAAAAAUGAGAUUCACGCAAUUUUUAUUUUAUUUUAUUUAGAGGCAUCAGGGUCGUACGGACUGCUAUUAUUAAAGUACGCAGCAAUGUACACCACCGGCGGGUCUGAAAACCCCAAUUAAAUGCAACAUUAAAAUGCCUUGAGGCCGGAACACGCCAACCUGCAAAAAGCCAACCACAUUACGCAAAAGAGUCAGAGCUCAGACUGAACGCGGCUCCCGGAGUCCGCCUCAACGCCGCCGCUCGCCGGAAACUAUCGCCGUAUUUCGAGCAACCCUACCGCCGCGGCGGAGGGAUAAUUUGAGGCAGAAGAGAUGCAGAGAGAAAUUACUACUAGCUCCCAGGGAGCGCCUGGUGGACGUGUACGUCGCCGUAGAGGCUCAAAUGAGGUUCCCACCGAUGAUGUUCGAGCCAAUGGUGAUCAUUUGCUUGUCGAUGAUCGGAACAAGUACAAAUCAAUGCUGAUUCGGGGAUAUUCAUCUGUUUUGAUGAUUGGUGGAUUUGCCUUUAUAAUUUACAUGGGUCACCUGUAUAUCUUUGCCGUGGUUGCAAUCAUCCAAUUCUCAAUGGUAAAGGAGUUGUUCAAACUACUUAGGAGAACACAUGAAAGCAGACGGCUCCCUGGAUUCAGGUUAUUGAAUUGGCACUUUUACUUCACAGCUAUGCUUUUUGUUUAUGGCCGCAUCCUCAGCCAAAAGCUUGUGAAUACUUUUACUACGGACAAAUUCCUAUAUAAGCUUGUGGCAAAACUUAUCAAGUACCACAUGGUCACCUGUUACUUUUUGUAUAUAGCAGGUUUCAUAUGGUUCAUUCUUACUCUAAAGAAGAGGAUGUACAAAUAUCAGUUUGGCCAGUAUGCCUGGACCCAUAUGAUUCUAAUUGUGGUGUUCGCACAAUCCUCAUUCAUUAUAAGCAAUGUUUUUGAAGGAAUCUUCUGGUUCCUUCUACCAGUUUCAAUAGUCAUCAUCAACGAUAUUGCUGCAUACUUAUUUGGAUUUUUCUUUGGUAGAACUCCUUUGAGCGAGUUGUCCCCUAAAAAAACAUGGGAAGGUUUUAUUGGAGCAUCUGUAACUACUCUUAUCUCUGCAUUUCUGCUUGCAAAUUUGUUCGGUCGUUUUCAAUGGAUGACAUGCCCAAGGCCAGGAUUUAUCAACGGGCUGGCUUACUUGUGAUCCUGGCCCUUUGUUCAAACCAUACUAUGCCACUCUACCCGAGUGGAUCCCUCAAUGGUUUCUUCCAAGACAGGUUUUGGCAAUGCCAGUACAGUGGCAUGCACUAUUUUUUGGCCUAUUUGCAUCAUUACUUGCUCCUUUUGGAGGCUUAUUUGCAAGUGGAUUUAAAAGGGCCUUCAAACUCAAGGACUUUGGCGAUAGUAUCCCUGGGCAUGGAGGCUUGACAGAUAGGAUGGAUUGCCAGAUGGUGAUGGCUAUGUUUUCAUGGAUAUAUGUUCAGUCAUUUGUGGGGCCUCAGAACUUAUCAAUCGAGAUGAUAUUGGAUCAGAUAUUAAUGAACCUUCCAUUUGAGGACCAACUAUCCCUGUUCACGAAGCUUGGGCAGAUCAUCCAGGAGAAGCGUUUUGCAGAAACUUGAGCAUGUGGGGGUUCACAAAAUGCUUUAAUGUUAGGAUGAUAACUUGUACCAGUUUUAUCGCAAAGUUAGCUCUUCUACUUCUUUAAUCCAGUGCUUUUGUAUAUUAUUACAGUAGCAAGUAUUCUCCAUACGCUUCUUAUAAACACAUACCCUUUGUAGUUAGGCCUCAUUUUCUAUCCUUGAUUGUUGUGCACCCUUGUAUAGUACCUUGCUCCAUUGAAAUUGCUAUUAGGUUUUCUUUAGUGUAUUUUUUGCACUUGUGAUAAUAUUGGAACUUAUCAAUUACCAUCAAGUUAUGUAGAAGAAGAAUCUGACUUCGGGGUGGACACGGGCCUGGUUCUAAUCCCAAGAGGUAGAAACAUAAAACGGAACGGUGGUAACAGUCCAGUUCCGACAAAUCUGGUUGCGGAUCUAAUUUGAAAUUGAUGGUUACAAUCCUACUGGAUUUUGUGGCUUGUUUUUGGUAGACACAACUGGUAUUAGAAUCAUAACUAAGGACUGUAGUUGGUCAGGUAGCCGUCCUACCAGGUUAUUUCUUACUAGUGCGUGGCAUAAAGUUAAUUCUAAAUUUGGUGUUGAUGUUUUUACUUGGACUAUUUUCAGUCCCAGAUCAGACUUAAACAGACUAAUCCAUACUAGACCAGACUUAAACAGACCAAUUCAGAUCAGGUCAGACUUCUAUAGUUAUAAAAUACAAACAGACGAGACGUUUAUUAGACCAUUUCAGACAAGAUUAGACCAUCAAAUUUCAAUCCAAGUAAAAACAUCCUAAAUUGAAGAUUGUUGGACACUUGGACAUCAGCUCUGAAGUAAUUAAAAAACAGUGAUUUUCCAUCCUUGGAGUUUGAAUACUUAUCAACAGCUCACUCAUAUUAAUUGAAAAAAGUAACAAUUGUGCCAUAUUUUGUAUACAUUUGGAUGGAUAAUUAUUUGUUUUCCUUGCGUAUU